AUGACGGCACCGUCAAGCAUCCGCAUCCCAACCGAGGCCGACUUUGCACCCCUCGCCGAGUCCGGACUGCACACCCAGCUCCACUUCCCCACCCCGCCAGAGUCCACCACCGCCAUCCUCGUGCUGUUCCAUGGCCUAGGCGACAACGAGACUCCCUACGCGGGGUUCGCGCGGGGAAUGGCCCUGCCAGGGGUCCUGUCUGUCGCCGUGCGCGGCCCGUCGCCCCUGCCCCCGGCCAUGCUCGGCCUGCCGCUCGACUCGGGCCCGACCAAGCACUUCCACUACGGGGACGACAUCAAGGUCGGGAGCGGCGACGGCCUGGACCCGGACCCGGGCUUCGACAAGGCCAGGCGCCUCCUGCUCGACAAGCUCGUGGGGGACGUCAUCGUCGGCCGCUGCGGCUGGGACGUGUCCGACGUGUUGCUGUUUGGCUUUGGGCAGGGCGGUAGCCUGGCGCUCGGGUUGGCGUCGAGCAUCCGGAUGGGGCCCCAGGUCGUCGACCUGACCGAAGGCGCUGGUUCUGACGGAUGUGUCGGCGGCCGUCCCGCUAGGGGGACCGCCUUCAGGGGCGUCAUCUCGGUCGGUGGGCCUCUCCCACAUUCCAUGGUGCCGAGCGUCAGCAACAGGCCCAAGGCCUCGACGCCUGUGCUUCUGUGCCGUGGUCGGGCGAGCGAGGACCUCGACGACGACGCCGUCGAGGCCGUCAAGAACGAGUUUGACAACGUCGAGGUGGCGACGUGGAAGAAGCCCCAUGAUGGAAUGCCCGAGAGUAGAGAUGAGAUACUGCCCAUUAUGAAGUUCUUUGCAGAUCGGCUGCGGAUGGAGAACAGGUGA